AUGGCCACACCACAAGAACGACACCCGGAUCUAUUCCGUCCUGUAAACUAUGAAUCGCCCCGAGGAAAGAAACGAACCAUUGCUCUAGAAUGCCUGUGUCUUGGCUUCAACCGAACAGGGACUGCAUCGAUGUGCAGUGCCAUGGAGACCCUCAGCCUUCCCUGCUGGCAUUCCAUCCACUUGCUGGGUCCUAAAUUCGGGGACAUCGAGAUGUGGCAGGAGGGUAUCGACCGGAAGUUCUUCGGCGCGCCAGGUCCCAAGUACGGGCGUGCCGAGUUCGACCAGCUCCUACAUGACUAUGGUGCUGUCUCUUCAGACACGCCGGCAAUUGCCUUCGCAGAGGAACUGAUAAAUGCUUACCCGGAAGCAAAGAUUGUCCUCAUUGAGCGUGAGAUUGACUCGUGGUACGAAAGCUGGAUGAACGGCGUGAUCAAGAAUACUUAUGACCCAUUCGUGGCAUUUAUCUGUAUUAUUGACCGCUGGUUCACUCGUCCAAUUGGGCAUAUGCAUAAGUCAAGCUUCGAGGGCUGGCUGGGAAUUAAGACCCCUGAAGAUGCAAAGCGCGUGAGUAAGGAGAAAUAUCGGGAACACUACGCGCUUGUACGUCGGCUUGCACCCAAGGACCGCUUGCUGGAGUUCAAGCUGGGUGAUGGAUGGGAUCCUUUGUGCGAGUUUCUAGGGAAACCAAAGCCAGAUGUUCCAUUUCCAUUUGAGAAUGAGAAGAAGUGGUUAGAUGAGAAGGUCCGGCUGGUCAUGCAGCGAGGGAUGACGCGGUUGGCGCGAAAGGUAAUCUUGUAUUUGAUGCCUUUAUUGGUCGCAUUGGUGGCCUAUAAGCUCUGGAUUUAA